CAGAUGCUGCCCCAAACUCAAGCCAUUGGUUGAGCCCAUGUUGCUGUUUAAAUAAACAGACUGUGAAUAUAUUGAUAUUGAGAUGCAAAAAGUAUUUGGACACUUAGGUCAUGCUCAAAAGGCUGAGACACACUAAGCUGACUUCAAAGAACUAGCAGCGAUGAAGGCUGAUGGUGUUGUCACCUCAUAUCGGCAGCUUCUGGACCAAAAAAUUUGCGCUUGAACACUGCCAACUGCAAACUAACACGUGGACUCUGUGCACUGUUUUUCAGAAAAAUCCUCCAGGUCCUUCAGAUUCUUCAGUUUUCCAGCAUCUUUUGCAUAUUUGAACCCUUUCCAGCAAUGACAGUAUGAUUUUGAGAUUCAUCUUUUCACACUGAGGACAACUGAGGGACUCAAACACAACUAUUAAAAAAGGUUCAAACAUUCACUGAUGCUCCAGAAGGAAACACAAUGCAUUAAGAGCCGGGGGUGAAAACUUUUGGAAUUUGAAGAUCAAGGUAAAUUGCACUUAAUUUGUCUUCCGGGAAACAUGCAAGUAUCAAAAAUAUACAAAAGAUGCUGGAAAACUGAACAAUCUGCAGGACAUGGAGGAUUUUUCUGAAGAACAGUGCUCCGUUUAACUCUUCAGAACAAACAAGAGACUCAUGAACAACCAUCACAAAACAAAAAAACAGUCAUAGAUCAUCCAGAUUCUGCAAGAGGUUACCAAACUUUCCCAUGCCACUGUAUAUUCGUCAUUCAAAAGGAGAAAUCUGGCUAAGGAGAAUAACUGGCAUAUUGGAAUGCCUGGGUAAGAUCACGUAACAUUAGAACAGUCUUCUGUCUGUGUCAUCUUCAUUUACUUGUUCGUUUUCCUUACUUUUAUUCUUUUUAUCCUUGCUUUAAUUCUUCGGCACCGACUCGUUCGCCAAACUAAACAUCCAAUCAGAGCUCUCACUCUCACCAACAGCCCCGACGCCAAUUUUAUGGCAAUUCAACAUGGCAAACUGCCACCGUUGUAAGACCGGCGUGAGCUGACGUGUGGAACAUGCAAAAAAAAAAAAAAAAAAAAAAAACCUAACCUGACAAAUGCUCGUUGACGGUGUAUCCCAGCCUAAAAACUUUUUCAGAACUAUUUCUUUUUCAUCCAGCUAGUAUUACAUUCAUUUCAUGAAGGCAGUCAUCACAUGUGUAGUUCACAACCUGAUCGAUGAAAACAUACCUGUGGGAACUUUUUCGCAAGACGCUAAAUAUAUAUUUUGUGACACAUUCUAUGUGAAAUGUCCACUGAGUUGCAUUAAAGAGUGUUCGGUUUUCUUCCCCGGAACAAAUGAACGUACAUAUGGUACGUUUUAUGUGACGUUGGUUUUCAAGUUCUGACUUGAAAUGUUUGUUGAGUGGCGCUAUAACUCUAAUGCUCUGUGACGUUUUAAAAUAACGUACCAUCUGCACUACACCAAAACCUACCAGAUAGUAUGAACAAAAGUAAAUGUGACAUAAAAACACAAACACAAGCAUGCCAUUUUAACUUGUUUUUCCAUCCGUCAUCUUUCAGAUCUUUCAUCAUGAGUCAUGGGAUUCGUACCCAAGGAUUCUACAUCCUAAGUCCAAUUCCAUGCGGGUUGAGCUACUGAGCGAGCUUGUUACGUCCAGUGUUGUGCCUAUUCUCGACUCCCGGACAAAUUAUUAUCCUCUCUUGUUGAAAUUGCUACAUGAUUGCCUAAUUCUAAUCCCACCCCCACACCUAACCCUAAACCUACCAAUACUAGGGGGGUGGGUAAUAAUCUGGUGGGGGUCAGAAUUGGGCACAACACUGGAAAGCGAAUAUAAAGCCUUAAUCAUAACUGUGUAUGAAAAUGGUUAUAAGUACUCGCUGUUUUACCGCCUCUAGUGUUCAUUUCUGUUGAAAACUGCAGUGAUACAUACUUAUUGGUACGUAUUUCGCAUCUUGCGUAAAAGCUCCCACUAGUACGUUUUCCUCAUGAGAUCAGGUAGGUAGUUCAUCACAUUAACAAUUGAACAUAUUCAUUUUACAGCCAAAGAGUGUCCAGAGUAUUUUUUUAAAUUGCGAAUAUAUACAUUAUUGUUCAAAAGUUUGAAAUCAGUAUUUUUUAAAGAAAUAAAUACUUUUAUUCAGCAAGGAUUCAUAAAUUGAUUUAAAGUGACAGCAAAGGCACUUAUAAUGUUACAAAAGUUUUCUAUUUCAAAAAAUGCUGCUCUUUUGAACUUUUUAUUUACAGUUUAAAGCACAACUGUUUUCAAUAUAGCUAAUAAUAAGAAAUGUUUCCUGAAAAGCAAAUCAGCAUAAUAGAAUGAUUUCUGAAGGAUCAUGUGAAGAUGAAGACUGGAGUAAAGAUGCUGAAAAUUCAGCUUUGCCACUACAGGAAUAAGACACACUUUAAAAUAAAAGUAAGUUGUAUAUAUAGUAUAUAAAUUAAAAUAUACUCUUUAAUUUUAACAAAGCAUUUUUAAAAUAAAUACAGUGGAAGCUCACUUUUCAUGCAAAACAUUUAAAUGAUCAAGUAUAUGCUGACAAAACAUACAAGGACACCUGUGUGAACUUCAGACGUUCAUUAAAAAGCAAGUGUCCAUGUACUUUCUGAGGCCACUGUAUGUGUGCAUGUGGGUCCAAAUCCGAGGCACUAUUCCCACAGCGUUCUUCCUAUUGUCCUGGGAGAGAGGGAGGGAAACUAAUUAAAAAGAGUGGAAAAGAGGAGACAGAGAAACAGAGACAGAAGGAAGGAGGGAGGGACAGAGGGGGGUAAAGAUAGAGCGAGAUGAGACAGUGGAGAGAAGAGGCUAAUUGAAAGGAGAGAAAUGACAGAGAGAGAGAAAGAAGGGAGGGCUGAUGAGGGGCUGGGAUGGAGGGAGGGAGUGUGGGAGGGUAAGGAAGAGGGAGCCAAAACUGGCAACUUUGCCAAAGUGCCCAAGUUCAGUCACUUGUGCUGCUGCAGCAGAAAGCGGGAGGACGAGCGUAGCCAGGGUGACAGAGAACGAGAAAGGGCCAGGAAAAGCAGGAAAAGUGAGAGAACACAGAAGAAGGAGGACUGUGAUUCUCUGGCUUCAAGUCCAGGGGGUCUGGAGAUGUCAAAACACGACUACACAUAAGAGCAGAAACAAGUACCAGAUUUAGGCAGCAACAGAAGUCUAAUAAAGACUCCCAAGCAAGCGUGCUUGUAUUGUGGUCAGAGGAUAGAGGGAGAAAUAGAGGAGAAGAAGGUGGAGAGGGAAAAAAAAGGAAAUAGGGAGGGGCGUGUUUGCAUUAGAAGGUGGCUGCUUUCCUUACAGUUGCAUUUGAAGGACAGAGGAGGAAUCCAUCAUCUGAGAUCAUCUCAGAUCAUCUCGUACGGCUCCAUCGCUCAACUGAUUCAACAGGGACCCUGUGGCGAUGAAGAGACCUCAUGAUUACAGCUCCCCAGACUCGGACACGGACGAACUGAUCGAUGUCGGACAGGAGGACAGCUACUGCCCUGUCACUGGGUCCAUGUCUCCAGGCAGUACCUCACAGAUCCUGGCGCGCAAGAAGAGAAGAGGGAUAAUUGAGAAGAGACGCAGGGACAGGAUCAACCACAGCCUGUCGGAGCUCAGGAGACUCGUACCCAGUGCCUUUGAGAAACAGGGCUCCUCUAAACUGGAAAAGGCUGAGAUUCUUCAGAUGACCGUGGAUCAUCUGAAACUGCUGCAUGCCAUGGGUGGCAAAGGCUACUUUGAUGCUCGUGCUCUGGCGGUGGACUACAGGACUCUUGGCUUUCGGGAGUGUGUUGGAGAAGUGGUAAGAUACCUCAGCUCUCUGGAGGGAGUUGAAUCCUCAGACCCCAUCGGCGCACGCCUCGUGUCCCACCUCAGCCACUGCGCCAGUGAGCUGGACCCUCUCCUCCAGAGUCCCGCCGCUCUGCCUUUUCCUCCUUGGCCCUGGCCCUCUUUUCAUCAGCUAGCAUCCGCUUCGUCUCCAGCCUCGUCUAGCCCGUUUCCCCCAGCCACCCGCCGGGAUCUGGCCCCCCAUGCCACUGCGGCAUUGCUGGGCUACCCUUCACCGGCCCUGCGAGUGGGAUCUUUGAGCACCCAGGGGGCGAUAUUGAGUCCAGCGUUGACCCCAGUUCGUCGGCUGCCCUCUAUUCCCGGACAUCCACACAGACUUCAACAGCACUCACCUGAUGGACCCACAAUCCCAUCAUCCUCCUCAUCCACCUCCAACUCCUCCCCUCCCCAGAUUUCCUUCAGACCCUUCGCCCCUCUGGGGUCUCCAGCACCAGGUCGCAGGGGUUUGGGCAGCUCCAGUAAGUCCGGACAGGCCUGGGGCACAGAGAUUGGGGCAUUCUGAAUCAGACGUUUGGAGUUUAUGACAACCUGGAAAGGAAAAAAAAAACAUUUCUUGGUCAUUUGGACUUAUUUAUGACCACCUUUAAAAGGAACUAAGCAUUGAACAAUUAAAAUUAUAAUGUCUAUUUAGUUCCAUCUAUUCCAACUCCAAUAGCACUUCAACUCUCAGAAAAAAAGUACAAAAGCUGUCACUGGGAUGGUACCCAUUUUAAAGAUACACUAAAGAAGGCAUAUUAAUACAUAAAUUGUAUAUAUUAAUACCCCUGUGUCUCCUUCUGUACUUUUUUCAGAGAGUUUAGAAAUAAGAAAAUGAAACAAAAAAGUUUGAUAUGUUUACAAUAAAAAAAUAUGAGGAAAAUGAAAUGGACUGUAGAAUUCAAGUGUAAAAUCACAGGUAAAUGCGACUCUCGGAAAGACUGGAUGAGUUAAAGGAACUUGGAUUUUGAGAUCUAGAUACUGGAAUUUUCUAGAACUCUGAUCUUUUAUCUUUUUUAUUAGUGUACUUGUUUACUCUGUCAUUUAUGCAUUAACAUGGACUCUGACAUGAUAUACAUUUGA